AAUUUGACUGAAUGUAACGUCAUAAGCGAAGUGUAGAACUUGCUUUCCGCUCAUGGCCACAACUCUGCCAUCGUCCCCAUGGCGGACGCGCACGGUCCUCCACCAUCCGAGGAAACCUCUUCACCGGCGCCCCGCCGUUUGCGCCUUCAGGCGCAGAGACUUCGACCAGUUUGCUCGGCGGAUGGCCUCCGGCGAGGCCUGGAGGGACACCUGGCGCACUGCCAACGACGGCAUUGAACAGGUCGUCUUCGAGGCCAAGAAGGCCGCUGAACGCAUUGACCGACGCUACUCUGUCUCCCGCCGCCUCUCCUCCGUCGUUCAAUCUGCCUCCAUCCGAGUCCGGGAAAUUGAUCGGGAGUUCGAGAUUGGGACUCGCUGGCGGACUUAUACCGUGGAUUUCAGUAGAAAUUGGCCUAGGUACAGGAAGCAGCUCAGUGAUUUCUUGGAUACUCCAUUAGGAAGGAGUUUUGCUACAAUUUUCUUCCUCUGGUUUGCAUUAUCUGGAUGGCUAUUUCAAUUUUUGAUAUUUGCCACAUGGUUACUGCCUGUUGCUGCACCUCUUCUCAUUGGAACUGUUGCCAAUAAUCUUGUCAUCAAGGGCACUUGUCCUGCUUGUAAGAGGCAGUUUGUUGGUUACAAGAACCAAAUAAUACGGUGUACAAGCUGCGGAAAUAUUGUAUGGCAGGCAGUGAGGGACUUCUCUUCGAGAGGUGGACGUGGCCCCAAAAGCAAGAAGUCUGAACCUGAAAUUAUCGAUGUUGAAUUUGAAGAGAAAUGAAUAAUAAUGAGAAGUUUUCAAGGUAUCCGGGUCAUGGUUCAUUUUGAUGUAGCAGACUAGAAGCUAAAAAGAAACUGAAUCAUUAGUUUGCUCACUCCUUGUGAUAUCUUGUCUUCCUAAAGUCUUUUUGUCCAUUACACAAGAAAGAGAAAGAAAAAUACUGCAUUGUAUGUUGCAGGUUCACAGAAAAGAUUACAAAAACUAUUCUUUUUUUUUUCAGUGGAAAUGAAUUUGAAAGGGCUUAAUGGUCAAAAAGGGAGACUACUGGCGUCUCUGUAGUGCAUUAUGUUGUAUGUGACUUGGAUGUUGAUUGUCUAUGUUAUGGUC